GCAGCGUGUGCUAGUGGCCUCAGUGGGAUUCUCGUGGUAGGUUUGCGUUGUACAGUGGUCGGCGCUGGGCGCGUCUGCAGUGGGACGCCCGUGGCACAGAUCAGAGUCGCCCCAAUCCUGGAUUUGCCUCGGACAUCGUACGCAUUCGUGCCAUGUACACUGUCGUAGCCCACAUCGCGACCGCUGCCAACGGCGGCAUCUGGCUUUGCCGCAACGCCAAGGGCCGCCAGUCCGCCGUCAAGCGGUGCGAAGUUGGCCAGAGCUUCACAUCGAGCGCCGGCACGACCGGCGACGACGACAUCGAGUUGUCGCGGACGAUCGACAUGGAACGUACCAUCAACCUGACUCUGCAAAAGCAUCGCCACCGGCACAUUCUCGAGAUGGAAGACUACUUUGAAGUGGACGGGUUCCACCAUCUUGUGUUCGAGUACUGUCCGAACGGCGACCUCCUCUCGUGCAUGAAAGCGCUCCCGGCCGGUCGGUUUCCGCAGGCGCAAGCGAUCCACUACAUGCGCCAGAUCGUGUCGGCCGUCCACCACAUGCACACCCACGGGAUAGCGCACCGAGAUUUGUCGCUGGAGAACGUUUUGCUCGACAACGACCGCGCGUGCAAAGUGUGCGACUUUGGCCUGGCCGUCGCCGUGCCCAGCGUCCACGACGACGCGGUCGGGAAGCUCAACUACAUGGCCCCCGAAGUGUAUGCUGAAAUGGAAUACGACCCGCGCGCCGCGGACGUGUGGUCGCUCGGGAUGAUGCUGUUCAUCAUGAUCACGGGCGUGCCACUCGUCCACGUGCCCGACGAAGCAGCCGACAAACGGUUUGGCAUGUUGACGCAGUUUGGCGUGUUGGCCCUCGUGAACCGGUGGAAGUUGGAAGGUCUGUUCUCGGAGCCAGUGCUGGAACUGAUCGAGCGCAUGCUCGAGCUCGAUCCGGCCCGAAGAAUCCAAGUCGUCGGCGUCAAGAAGGCGCUGGGCAAACUCAAGCGAGCCAUCCACCCGACAGAGUUUCGCACGACGUCCAACGCGCGACUCGCCGCCUUCCUCGCUCCCCUGCGACGGUGGCUGCUGUAGCCAUCCCGGUCGAUAUGUCUGUAGUGUUUGCUAUUUAAUCCAUCUCCCAUCCGUCGA